GACGUCGGGAAGGAUGAGCUCAUUCAGCACGCGGGCGCUCACGCUCCUGUCCUCCGUGUUCGGGGCGUGCGGCCUGCUCCUGGUGGGCGUGGCCGUCUCCACAGACUACUGGCUGCUGAUGGAGGAGGGCAUCGUGCUGCAGCAGAACCAGACCACCGAGGUCAAGAUGGCGCUGCACUCAGGCCUCUGGAGGGUUUGCUUCGUCGCAGGAGCUGAAAAGGGGAGGUGUGUAGCAUCCGAAUAUUUUUCAGCAGACACCGAGAUUGAGAUCACGACGGAGAACACGGCCAACAUUCUCAAAAUGGUGAGGACGGCCACGCCCUUCCCCAUGGUGUCCCUGCUCUUCGUCUUCACCGCGUUUGUCAUCAGCAACAUCGGACACAUUCGGCCCCAGCGCACCAUCCUGGCCUUCGUCUCUGGAAUCUUCUUCAUCCUCUCAGGCCUCAGCCUGGUGGUGGGUCUGGUCCUCUACAUCUCCAGCAUCAACGAUGAGGUGAUGAACCGGCCAAGAGAGCCAGAACAGUUCUUCCACUACCGCUACGGCUGGUCCUUUGCCUUCGCUGCCUCCUCCUUCCUCCUCAAAGAGGGGGCAGGAGUGAUGUCCGUCUACCUGUUUAUGAAGCGCUAUGCUGAGGAGGAGAUGUACAGGCCCCACCCAGCCCUCUACCGCCCCCGCCUGUCUGAGUGCAGCGACUACAGCGGCCAGUUCCUCCACCCAGACUCCUGGCCCCCUCCCCAGCGGGGUCGCAGUGCCUCGGAGGUCUCCAGCGACAUCUCCAUCCAGCUCAACCAGACCCCCCCACCGCCGCCCCCUAAGGGCAGCUCCUCCCAGCAGACCCCCUCCUCGGGGCCGUCCUCGGGGGCCAGUUACCAGCUCCAGCCAGCCUCCUCCUCCUCUUCCUCCUCUUACCCGCACUCCUCCCACCCCCUGCACCCCUCCCACCCCCACUCCUCCCACCCCAGCGGUCUCCCGCCCCAGUCUGUGUCCAUGGGCAUGCCGCCCUCUGCCGUGCCCCCCCCUCGGUACCACACACACAUGCGCAUGAGCGCCUCGCCAUGCUAG